CGGCAGAUUGGGAACCCGCGCAGUUCUGUUUCCCGAAGUUCUUGUAAUUCACGUAAUUUCACUCACCCUUGAAAUUUAAUUUUCUGUCUGGAUGAGUACAACCGCGUUAUCCAUAAUCAUCAGACCGCGGCGCGGAAUACAAGCAAGGUGGCUUCGCAUAUCCUCGGCAAAGCUCAGCUCCUUCUAUGCCAUUCCCCAAAGUCCCUGCGAUCGUCACUUCCAUGGGGCUUUAAUGUGCCUUGUAGAGCAUUCCAUGUCCAUCCCCGAAAUUCCUUUUACCCAGUAAAUUGUAAUUCAACAUCGGUCGGUGUCAACGUGGUCGAAUUGUCUUUGAUUUAUCCGAAACGUAAUUUCUCCGUAACAAUAUCUUCUCAAAGAUCUUCGUCGCUCUUCGGUUUUGCUACUCGCAAGUUUCGAUCGUUACGGGAAAUGGCGGCUUCGCAGGAAAAUUCGACUUCAUCAAACGGACAUUCCAGCAUUUUUUCUGGGAGACCCCGUAAGAUCGGUACCCAUUCCGGUGUGUUUCAUGCCGAUGAGGCACUGGCUUGCUUCAUGUUAAUGCAGCUUCCAGAGUACACCAACGCGGAAAUCAUUCGUUUUCGUAAUUACAGUUCAAGGGAUCCGGAAGUGUGGAAGAAAUGUGAUAUUCUCGUGGACGUGGGCGGUGUGUACGAUCAGGAUGCCUUUCGUUUCGAUCACCACCAACGAAGCUUUAAGGACACGAUGAACAGUAUCCAACCUGAAAAGCCGUGGACCAUCAAAUUAAGCAGUGCAGGACUGAUUUUCUGUCAUUUUGGCCGGCGAGUGAUUGCCCAGUUAUUGCAGUUGGACAAUCGCAAUGAAAAACAUGCCAAAGACAUCGAACUGAUCUAUGACAAGGUGUAUGAAACCUUCAUCAUGGAAAUCGAUGCCAUUGAUAAUGGCGUGCAGCAGUCCGAAAAACCACUUGCAUACCAAAUAAAUACAGGAUUGAGUAGUCGUGUCAAAAAGUUUAACCCGCGAUGGAAUGAACCUGUGCAACCGGAAGACUUGCAGAGACGGUUUAUGCAAGCCGUACAACUGACUGGAUCGGAAUUCAGUGAUAAAAUUGAUUUUUAUCGCACGUCAUGGUUGCCGGCACGGCAGAUUGUGGAAGAUGCUCUGCUGAAGCGAUUCGAAAUCGAUCCCAGUGGACAGAUCGUGCGAUUGCCGGUUGGAGGGUGUCCUUGGCAGGAUCAUUUGCUCCAACUGGAACAGGAGCAGCAGCUUAAUACUGAACAGCAAAUAAAGUUCGUGUUAUACCAGGAUGACCAACAGCACUGGAGAGUGCAAGCAGUUCCUAUCGCAAUUGGUUCUUUCAUUACACGUUUGCCUUUACCUGAACCAUGGCGUGGCCUUAUUAAUGAAACCCUUUCCCAAAUGUCCGGAAUUCCGGGAUGUAUCUUCGCACAUCACUCGGGUUUUAUUGGUGGAAAUACUACGUAUGACGGUGCUCUGGCAAUGGCCUGCAAAACCCUUAAUCUGGCAACUUCAGAUGCUAAUUUAAAAAUUAAUGAACCCAUUCCUUCUAGCAGUGUCUCAAUGCAGUAAUUACCAACGUUUCCGCUGUUAAGAUCGGGUUGCCUUUUUUUCCUAGGUAGUAACAAGGUGAACUGAAAUAAUUGUUUGCCUGGUUUACUUUCUUUUGUUUGCUUAUGAUUAGUGUUUUCAUAAUACUUGUGGAAUUAAAUGAUGCCACAUUUG